UACAGCUUGCUUCUUGAUAUGUUGCCGACCUUCAAUAAGCUGUUAUGACUUUACCCGCCAGGAGAGUGUUAUUUUCGGUAUUCGGUACACGUAAACUUCCCCUGCGGACUGUUGGAGGUGGUGGUUGUGCCGUGCUUGGAGCCAAGUGGGGACCUGUUGAUAGCCCACCGGCGCUACGAUGGAGGUGCCAAACAGAGAAGAAUGACAUUUAACUGAAACAAAAAGUCACAAAUAGAACACUUCAGCUGAACAAUCUGUCAGACUAUGAUGGAGAUCAUGGAUACUCAGCGUGCCUUGGAGGCUGUGGAGAGGCUGCAAGCCAAACUGAAGGAGAGGGGAGAGGCCCCCACACAGGAGAAACUCUCUCUGCUAAAGACUGUCUUGCAGAGCCCCCUGUUCCAUCAUAUACUCAGCUUACAGCAAGCUCAGCGGAAGCCCCCAGCGAAGUCAAACCAGGGCAAGGCAGUUUCCAAGUCUGUUUCCAUGAACUGUGGCCCCUGCCAGGGCAUGGCACUGGGUCUGAAGACCCUGAGCCACAGUGACUCCUACACAUGGGCCAUGGAGAACCGAAGACCCAGCACUGCCAGAUCCCACCACAAGGACAGCAGCAUCUCCUCUCUGGACUCACAGGAUCUGUCCUUCUCAGACUUCUACCCAGACAAUUGUAUUCAAACGGAAUCACAGUACUGCACCCCGCCUCGGAUCUCCCGCACCAUGUCAAUGGGGAGGAGCCUGUCUGCUAUUGCUCAUGAGAGGCGUCAUGUUGAAAUGAUAGAGCUGAUCAAUGAUGGGAAAGGGCUUGGCUUUGGCAUCAUUGGAGGGCGGAGCACUGGGGUCAUGGUUAAGACCAUCCUUCCUGGUGGAGCUGCUGGUCGGGAUAAACGCCUGCAAAGUGGAGAUCAAAUCUUGCGUAUUGGAGAUACAGACCUGGCCGGUAUGAACAGUGAGCAGGUUGCACAGGUACUGAGGAAUGCUGGUAGCAAGGUGAAACUGCUCAUCGCAAGGGAUGCUAUCAAGGACAACCACCACCGAUCCUCUCCUGCCCUUGGCCAGGACAGCUUAGAUGACAAGUCAAAUGACUUGAAUGAUGACUGCGAGUUCAAUGUGCAGUUCACUAAAAACAGUCGGGGUCUGGGAUUUACCAUUGCCAGCUACAUAGGUGACCUUAACUCAGUCUACAGUGCUGGGGUAACAGUGAAGAGCAUAGUAAAAGGCAGCACUGUGGAUCAGGAUGGACGCAUCCACAUAGGAGACGUCAUUCUAGCUGUAGAUGGGGUGAGCCUGCAGGGCUGCAGCGAGCAGCGUGCCAUGGAGGUGCUGAGGAGGACAGGCCCCCUGGUCAGACUGAAGUUGCUGAGGAAGGCUGUCCGUCUGAGUCACAUCCUGCCGCCAGUCCCUCCCCUACAGCCCCUCCGACACUCGCAUAGCUUUCACGAGGGCAAUCCCUACAGAGUGGGCCUCAACAAGAUUCAAGAGACAGGAAUCUGCUCGCUGCGUGAAAUCUCCCGCCGAGCAGCAUACGCUAACAGACGACCCCAACAUGAUUCCAGAAACGGUGUAAAACUGACCCCAGCUGAAGAGGAGGACCUGAGGAAGAGGUGGCAGCAUGCAGUUGGGCCACGAUAUGAAGUUAUUGUGUGCCAUAUAGAGCGCUUUGCUGAGGCAAGUGGUCUUGGCAUUAGUUUGGAGGCCCGGGCAGGUCAUCACUACUUGUGCUCUGUCUUACCUGAGGGGCCCGUCGGACAAAGUGGAAAGAUUUUCACUGGGGACCAGCUUCUUGAGGUGAAUGGGAUCCCUUUGAUUGGAGAAACACACAAGGAGGUGGUCAACAUCCUGAAGGAGCUGCCUGUGAAUGUCUGCCUGGUGUGCUCUCGCAUUGUAGCCCCUGUUAUUCCUGACAGUGAUGAGGAAGAUGACGAAGAGGUCGGUCUCACGCUGAAAGAGCUGCUGGCUGAGUUCAAUGAUAAGUUGGAUCAGGGCUGUGUCAUUCCCUGUCCUACGGCUGAGGACAUCACAAAGCGUGGUGUGCCCCCCAUGUCACCUCCUUUGGCCAUGUGGGAGAGAGAGGCCCAGGUGGUAGAGCUGGAGAAGGGAGAGUCAGGACUGGGCUUCAGUAUCUUGGACUACCAGGAUCCAGAAGACGCCACUAGAACAGUUCUGGUUAUCCGCUCUCUGGUGCCUGGAGGAGUAGCAGAUCAAGAUGGUCGUCUUCUUCCUGGUGACCGGCUCAUGUUUGUCAAUGAAACUGACUUGGAGGGCUCCAGUCUGGAUUAUGCUGUACACGUCCUCAAGUCCACCGGCUAUGGUCCUGUCCGCAUCGGAGUCGCCAAACCACUGCCACUGGAGCUGUGCGGUGGCUUGACACCUAUCUCAGAGAGAAGCACCCGAGCUUCCUACGAUGAAACGGACAGCCACACUCAGAUCAGCCUGGUAGCCGAGGCGGCAGAGGCUAACAGCAACAGCUAUACCUGCAACUCUGAGGACAACAGUGUCGUCCACCCUUGUUACACUACAACGGAAAGUGAUCUGCAUCGUCGUUUUGGCAUCAUGACUGACGACGAAAGGCAGGAAGCGCCACCUCUGCCUCCCCGCACCAGCUUUGAGAGGACAAUCACUGUUGUCCGGGGCAACCGUAGCCUUGGGAUGUCGGUGAGUGCUAUCAAGGACGGCUCAGGCAUGCUGGUGCGCAGUUUGGUCCAGGGGGGCUCUGUUAGCCAGGAUGGCAGGCUGGGGGUUGGGGAUGCCAUCUUGGCCAUCAAUGGAGAACCUACCUCCAACCUGACCAACGCCAGGGCCAGGGCCAUGCUCCGCAGACUCUCUGUCAUAGGGCCAGAGAUGAGUAUAACCUAUGUCCCAGCCCACCAGGUGGAUGAGCACCGCAGCCGUCUGUGUUUACCUCCUCUGGCAUCCAUCUCGGUAGACAGCACCCCGACCUCACCCACUCCACCAACCCUUUCUCCAGAGCCUGCCUCUGCCUCUCUCAAAUCCCCUGGUCCAGUCAGAGCCACGGCCUCAGCUCAAGCUUCAUCCACCCUCAAACCCUCAGCCUCGGUCAAAGUGAAAGCUGCAGCUCCAAAUCCAGCAGCUGUUCGACCCUCUGCAUCCUUCAGUGCUCCAUCCAGGGGCUCAGGUGUAGUUCCCACCAUCACACCGGCCUCUGACUCAAGCUGGCUGAAGAAGGAGGACACAAAAAAAGUUGGGGAGAGGACUGAGGAGAAAAAGGGCAUGGGCAGUAGAAGCAGUGAAGUACCAAAGCUGGAGCUAGAGGUGGACAGUCAGCGUGAGGGAGAAGAGGAGCUUAAUUCUCAUACAGCGGUAUCGUGGGAUCAACCUAGAAGUGUGCAGCUGACUCGAGCACCAGGUCAGUCCCUGGGUAUCAGCAUAAUGGGAGGCAGAGGCAUGGGCCGCAGACUGAGCAGUGGAGAGAUGAUGAGGGGAGUCUUCAUCAAGAGCAUCAGCCCCGACAGCCCGGCAGCACAUAAUGGCACCCUCCGGACUGGAGACAGGAUACUAGAGGUGAGUGGUGUGGACCUAAGAGAUGCCAGCCAUGAGCAGGCAGUGGAGGCUAUUCGCAAGGCUGGAUACUCUCUGGUCUUCCUGGUCCAGUCUGCAAAGCACAGAUCUCAGUCCCCUAUGCUCACAAACCAUGAGACACUAACUCCAACAACACUGUCCAACUCCCACUGCAGCAAGGAAUCAGAGAGACUCAGUGGUCUGUUCCUUAGUCUCUCUCCUACAAACCCCUUCACUCCCACCCCUUUUAAGGUACCCUCGCCGACAUCAGAUAGAACACGUCGGAGAAGCCCCAUAAUGGCCGCAACACCAAUGAAAGCUGCAGCAGAAGAUGAGGACAGCACUGGCAGGAAAAAAAUGCUUCAGCGUUAUGGCAGCUUGUCUGGGAAGCUCCAUAUGAUUGAGCUGGAGAAGGACCCUGCAGCAAAAGGCCUGGGAAUCAGCCUCACAGGGAACAAGGAGAGUUCCAGGGCCCGCAUGGGUGUCUACGUGGCAGAUAUAGACCCUCAAGGACCUGCUGGUUUAGAUGGGAGGAUAUGGGUUGGAGACGAGCUACUGGAGAUCAACGGUCAGAUCUUGUAUGGCCGAAGUCACCAAAAUGCAACAACCAUCAUCAAUAACACUGCAUCUAAAGUCAAGAUCAUUCUCAUCAGAAAUAAAGCAGCUCCAGGUCAAACAACACAGGACUCCAGAGGAGAGGGUGAGGAUGUGGUCGACUCUGCAGAGUGUGGGGGAUUAUCUAGAGACAUCCAACACAUCAUCCUACCUCAGGACCACAUUGGUCUUGGCAUCUGCAUGGCACAGGAAGAGUCCAAGGAAGGAGUGGUAGUGAGUUCCUUAAUCCCCCACAGCACUGCUAGUAAGGAUGGCAGGAUUAAGGUUGGAGACAGAAUCAUAGCUGUCGGAGAUGAACCUGUGGCAGGACUGGCAGUGGACAAGGUGUCCAGUUUGAUUCUCCAACACCAGGUCACUGUCAAGCUCUCCAUUAGCCGUGCCAAGAGUCCCCCCUCUUCCUCUUCCACUCUUCCUCCCCCGUCAUCUCUAACCGAUCCCCCCUCUCUCACUCUGAUUUCAUCCCUCACCGUUCCUCCUCCCUCCCUCACCUCCUCAUCCCCGACUAACACGCAGGCAUCUCAAAGUGGGCAGUCAGAUUUACACGAAGCAGCUCCCACAACAUCAGACCCGCUGAACUGUCUGAUUGUGGCUGGCAGGGAAACCACGAUAGAGAUUUGUAAAAGAAAUGUAGGUCUGGGCCUCAGCAUCGUGGGAGGAUAUGACACUCUACUGGGGGCAGUAAUAGUCCAUGAAGUAAAUGAUGGAGGAGCAGCACAAAGAGAUGGAAGGCUUCAGGCUGGAGACCAGAUUUUAGAGGUGAACGGUAUAGACCUCCGGCAGGCUACUCACGACGAGGCCAUCGGUGUGCUGCGGCUCACAACCCAGCGUGUCUGCCUGUGUGUCUUUAGACACCAGGAGGCCUACAGGGAGGAGGACCUUUGGGAUGUCUUCAGCCUGGAGCUUGAGACUCGUCCUGGAGAGGGGCUGGGGUUCAGUACUGUGGGAAAGAGUAAUGACACGGGCAUCUUUGUGUCAGAUAUCGUCAGAGGAGGCAUAGCGGAUUCAGAUGGCAGGUUGUUGCUAGGUGACCAGAUUCUGUCAAUCAAUGGGGAGGAUGUACGUGCUGCAGCGCAGGAGCAUGCACAGAAGCUGCUCCAGAGCUGCAGUGGCGUGAUACACCUGGAGGUGGCUCGUUUUAAAGCAGGACUGCAUUACUCACAGAGGAGCCAGAGUGAGGACUCUGACUGCUCCACCCUGACCCCUGUGAGUGGAUGUGAAGCUUCGCUUAGCCACCAGAGGGAGACAGAUAACAGACCUCAGAGUGACUCAUUUCAAGAAUCUCCUGGCAUCAAAAAAGUAAUUAUUAAAAAGGGUCCGUUUGAUUCCCUGGGCAUCAGUGUAGCAGGAGGAGUGGGUAGUCCCCAUGACAACGUACCUCUUUUUAUUGCUACCAUGGAUACCAAUGGACUGGCUGCCAAAACACAGCAACUGCAGACAGGAGACAGGAUCCUUAGUAUCAACGGUGAGUCCACAGAGGGGAUGACUCAUGUCCAGGCUGGAGUCCUGCUGAAGAACACCACAGGAACCAUCAGUCUGCAGGUGGCAGCAGGUCCUGCUGGGUGCAACAUUAAGGAGCACAACGAUGUGCAUGCCCGGUUAUCAGGCCAGCCCUGCAGCCUGCCCUGUUUCCACAACAAUCUGUGUGCUCGCAUGUAUAAGACCAUCACUCUGGAGAGGGGCUCUUCAGGCCUGGGCUUUAGCAUUGUUGGAGGGUUUGGCAGCCCACACGGAGACUUGCCCAUCUACAUCAAAACUGUCUUUAACAAGGGGGCAGCUGUAGAGGACGGCCGGCUGAAACAUGGAGAUCAGAUCAUUGCUGUGAAUGGACACUGUCUGGAGGGAGCAACUCAUGCGGAAGCUGUGGACAUCCUGAAAAAGACCAAAGGAACUGUAGUUCUAACUGUACUCUCCUGAGGGUAAACCUCUGUCCAAAGUCUUAGCUGCCUCAAGGAAACCUGCUUUACACAAAUUUAAAAAGAACAAUGCUAAUGGUUUAAAUUUAUUUAAGAAGAGAUGGUGUUUUAUUUGUCAGUCUAUCUGAAUUUAGUUUUGGGAAGCUACCUCUGUCUUCAAACACAGCCUGGGUGUGUGAGUAUACAUACACUUAGUAGUCUCGAUGUAACAGUGAAAGUGUUGCCUAAAUUAAUCUUCAUUUCUUCAGUCAUUAGUAUCUAUGAUUAAUUCAUCCAGGACAUUUUAACAACUAAAAGGAGAUAUUACAUAUGCCAUAUUGCAGUGUCGUGACUGAUUAAGAUAUCUUGUGUCUUAGUUAUCUUUUUCAGGUUAUUUAUGAUACAGUAAUGCAUUUAUAUGCAUCACUGCUCAUGUAAACACAGUCAUGAAUAAAUUAGCAUCAUUGACUCUCUGACUAUGAAACACCUCUCAAGACACAAUGUCACAUGUUUUUCUAUCCUGCAUUCUUCAGUCAGAGUAAAAUACUGUGAUAAACCCUUAAGACCCAAAACAUGCCAAGUGCUUCUGCCAAUCUUCUGUGUGGCAUCACGUCAGAAAUUUACUUUGAAAGCCUGUUUCUCUCAUUAUUCUUAGCUCUUAUGUUGUUAUUUAAAGUGUGUCAUGGUUGCUCGAGUAAUUAAUGACAAUCAGCAGUGAUAGCCACGUCAUGUUAAGCAGGUAGAACAGAGAGUAAUUUUGUUACAUCUGUUGAAAACAGCUGCUAACUACAGUCACUGUAGCAAAUAAGUCAUUAUCACUGUUUCAUUUUGUUUAACUUGAAAUAGUGUAUUUUUUGAGCUUGGGAUAAGCAUCGCUAUAGUGUUAUAAAGUCUUUAUUUAGAGGACUUCUCAGACAUGUUUUAUAUUCAUUUAUUUACACUGUCGUGUUAAUGUUUUCUUCACAGUAAUUUAUUUAUUUAUUUUGU